GCAUAAUUAGAUUAUUUGAACUUUUAACUUUUUUUAACGGUUUAUCCUGCGGGUUUUAAAUGCACCGUAAUGGACCACGAACGCACCUGCAAAGUGACGUUGUCCUCUUAAUUGCUUUAAGCGUCAGUGUGAGACAAAAUAUCUGAAUAUUGAUAUAAAAAAAAAAAAGACUUAUUCCGGGCUUUGACCAUGGACGGGCAACAUAUACCGGACGCUGUCACUUGCCAUAAUUGUGGUGAAGCCUUCACUCUACCCGAAGAUGAAACUGAAGGCAACCUUCCUCGAAUCCUUUUGUGCAGCCACAUCUUCUGCACAUCUUGUCUGCACUCCAUUCAGCAUGAGAGCGUCAUUAAGUGCCCCGAGUGUGCGGUUGAAACCAAUCUUCCUGAAGGUGGAGUGUUCUGUCUGCAGGAGGACAGUAGAAUCAUGGGCCUCAUAUACACAGCAAAAAUGAACAAGACCAAAAGCUCACAGCAUGGCCAAGCAAAACCCCAACAGAGAAGACGGUCACUAAAACCUACAAAAGCUGAUGGCAAUAAUGUUAAUGUGAAGCAGCCUGUAGAUACUGAAAAGAUCCGGAAAGUUGUUGAUAAAGCGUUGGCCCAGGCGUCAGAAAACCUUGUCCAGCUGGAACACAUCCAUAAGAUUCUGACAACUGGUUUGGAAGAACAGGUGAAGAGGGAAAAGGCACAUCUAAUGGCGGAGAUUAAGCAUGCGACAGAAAAGGCUGUAACGGCUAUUUAUAAGUGGAGGAACAUGCAGCUGAAUCAGCUGUCAGAUCUGGAGGCACGCUUUUCCACCACCCACAUGGAAAUAUGCCAUGUCCAGCAAAGGAUUAAAGCCCUGGAGAAUGCCGUACAAAUGACCAGAGAAGUGCAACGAGUCCCCUUUCUGGAGCAGUACUGUUGUUUGGAUAAGGUUUUAGAGACGUUGCAUUCUCAAGUGGAUCAGGAGUUGUUUGACAUGAAGUGCAUCACUCAGAGCGCCGGAAUAAGGUGUGUUUUCAGGUCUGAAACUGUGAAACAGGGCAUGACCUUGUGUCUGAAGAUGGAAGUCAACGACCCAGAACUCUUGUUCCAGGGACCGUCCAAAAGCCACAUGCCGUCAAACAUCAGCAGAAACUCACUUUUGCAAUUGGCUGAGGACAGAAGUAGAAAGGUUGUCUUACCUAGACCUAGUCACCUGUCCUCACCUCAGAGAUGGGACCAGAGGAGCCCAAGAGCUGACAGUCCUUCAUCUCAGGGAUCAUCUUCAAGCCCAAACCCUUAUUAUAAGACCAAUCCUUCUCCCCACAUCAGAGCUCAAGAUGUCACUGUGAAUGAGUGUUCAGUAAAGAGACAAGAACGUGUUCGUCCUCCCACUGGUCCUGAGAUGGCCAAUGAGAGAUCAAAGUUCAACAGGCAAAAGAAGCAUCAGUUGUUGGUGACCCAGUGGGUGGUGGUGUCUCAUAUUGUGAGUCCAAGUCACUUCUAUGUGCGAUACGUGUCUGAGAAGAAAGAGAGUGAGAUCCUCUCCAGAAAGAUCAACCACUUCAGCCACAUGGACACGUCCUUCUUCACUUCCACUGAUACAGUGGAGACUGGUUCCGUGGUCUUUAUCAAAGGCAGGAGUGGACUCUGGUUGCGAGCCAGCGCCGUUGCAGUGACUCGUAAUGAUGGCGUAUCAACUGACAAAGCUUGUAAUGUCACCGAGCUGGCCAACGUACGAGUCUUCAUCCAGGACCAUGGCUUUGUCAAAAACAUCACAAUACAGAGAGAGGUGACGACUCCUGAGUCUCUGCUUCAGGCUGUGAACCAGCAGAUCAGGAAGGUGAAUGAUUUGGUGAAAGUGGAGCUGAUGCAGUUUGCUCCUCAGGCCAUCAGAUGUUCCCUCAAUAACCUGGUACCUUAUGACCCGACAAAAGGUUGGAGUAAAGAGGCGCAGGUUGAAUUCCGCAACAUAGUCGGUUCCGCCACAUUGGAGAUGAGGCCCUUGGGCCAUGACAGAGAGUCUUUGCUGGUGGAUCUGACUAAAGCUCCCAUGGACCAGGCCAGCGAUGUGUCCAUCUCUGUUAGAGAGUACCUGGUUUUUAUUGAAGUGGCCAGGUUCUAUUCUCCACUGGCACUGGGAAAGACCCCGCUGCAGUACUACCCUCCUGUCUGUCCCAGUGUCAGUACAGAGGUUGAUGCUGUGGUGUCUCACAUCAACAAUCCUGCUGACUUCUACAUCCAGCUGGUGGAAAGCAUGGAGUUCCUGUUGCUCUCACGUAAGCUACAGGAUUGUUACAACGCUGUGACCGGUCAAGACGACCUCAGCGUCUACUGUCCUGCCAUCGGCCAGGCCUGUGUUGCUCGCUACGAUGACCAGUUAUGGUACAGGGCUCAUGUCAUAGGUCAUCCUGGUGGCAGAAAAGUCCAAGUGCAAUUUGUAGAUUUUGGCAAUAUCAAAAUCAUGUCAGUCAGCGACGUAAAGAAGGUCAAGAAUGAGUUCCUUGCACUUCCUGCCAUGGCCGUCCACUGCUGUUUGUCGGACGUGAUUCCCUUAGAGGGAGAGCAGACCUGGAGCGACAAGUGCACCCACAGAUUCAUCAACCUGGCUCAUCAGAAACUCGUCACUAUUGUGGCUACAGGUAAAAUUUCCAAGACUAAGCCUCUGCACAUCCAGAUGUUUGUGAACGAGUCUUCAGGACAAAACAGCAUCAACAAACUGUUUGUCACAGAGAACUUGGCUCGGUUCAAAUCCUGCUCCAAGUCCAAACAGUCCACCUCCAGUGGUGGAGACGCUGCUGUAUGGGACCCUCCACUUGAACACAUCUCAGCCACUGAGGACGUCGAAUCAGUUGAGACAAAGGAAAAGUACAAAGAGAUCUUGGAUAUACAACAAAUACUCAAGCUUUCCUCUCAGUUCACCAAUCUGAAAGUGAGAGUCAGUCACGUCAACUCCCCCAGCAGUUUCUAUGUGCAGCUCUUACAGUUCAGCUCUUGGCUUAAAAGGAUAUGUGAUCUAGUAGAGCAAGACUGUGUUCUCAAAGAGCCUGAGGAAGUGGUGUGGAAGACAGACAUGUACUGUGCUGCACUCAUUAAUGGAGUUUGGGAAAGAGGACGGAUCUGUUCUGACGUCACCUCCACUAACAUCGCAGAGGUGAUACGUUGUGACCAUGGCAACAAGGUGAAGCUCCACAUCAACAACCUGCGGCUUCUGCCCGGUUCAUUAGUGGGAGCUCUGGCACUGGAGUGCACUCUGACUGACAUCAGGCCAGCAGGAGGCCGAUCCACCUGGACUGCCACGGCCUGUGACUUAAUCUCCUCCUGUCUGACAGGAGUUACAGCGAUUAUGACCAUUAAGGAGAUGACAGAUGAGCCUCCUGUUCCUGUCACUCUGUUUUGCUCCAGUAAGAAGGGACACUCACUCAGCUUUGCAGACUUUUUGGCAAGCGAGGGCGUAGCUCUCAGAAUAAGAAAACCGAGAGAGCCAGUUGUUCAAGAAAUAGGAGAAGCACAGGCAACAUCUCCAGUGGAGAAGACAGAAGAUCAGAGCGACGGUGGAGAAAUCAACAACAGCAACAGCAGCAGUACCAACACAACUCAUCCUCCAGCACUUGAUGCCAUUCCAUUUAUCUCCCAAAUCUCCCUGUAUUCCUGUCCUCCAAAACCAUAUCCACGGAAAAUGGUGUCGGCUGAGAUUGUAAAGACAAAGUUGUACGACCCUCCACAGCUGCCGUGUCUCAGUCACAUCCAGAUACACGUGUCAGCCAUCGGAGACAACGGUCUCAUCUACAUCAGGACACAGAACACAGGACGUCAGUAUGAGCAGCUGAGGGAGAGAAUUCAGAAGAGUAUGAAAACUCUGCCCAUCCAGAAGCCUUACACCUGGAAGUCAGUGAAGGGCUGUGCUGUGAUUGGAUCAGAUAUGCUGUGGCACCGAGGAGAGCUGUUGGAGCUGCUCGGAGGACACGUCAAGGUCCGCUAUGUGGACUGUGGUCUGGUGGAGAACAUCCCGGUGGUGCAUGUCUACCCUAAGCUGCUCUGCGAGGAGGUUCCACAGCUGUGUAUUCCCUGUCAGCUUCACGGCGUCAACCCUAUCGGUGGGACAUGGCAGCCUGAAGCUGUGGCGUUGAUGAGGGAGAUGUUGGUGAACCGCAGUGUUGACAUGGUGGUUGUGGAGCUGCCGUCUGAUCCUAGAGGACCUGUCACGGUGGAGCUCUAUCUGGAUGGGCUGAGCCUCAGCAAGAUCCUGUGUCAUUUUAAACACGCCUCCAUGGACAGAAGUGUACAACAGAAGGGACAGACCAUUUUGCCACCUCCCUCAUUCCUGGACAUCUGGGACAUUGAUACUGAGGGUCUGGAGGAUCCGGCAGAGCCAGUGCUGAGGACCUUUGUUUUACCAAAGCUGCCAGAGGAGGGUGAACACUUUCAUGUCAGUGUCAAACACCUGUGGACACCCAACGAGCUCUUCCUGUGGCCUCUAGAGGGCACAUCUAAUGUGAAAGUGAAUGGGGAGACGCUGGAAGACGCCCUGGCUCGCCUCAAUCAGGACAUCAGCAGUUUACCACCACUAACCAACCUCAUUCCUGGUUGUCCAUGUCUGGCAGAGUACAGUGAUCUUAAAUAUUACAGGGCAAAAGUGAUGGAAAUCAGCAGCGUGGAGCCCGUCACUAUCCUGGUCCACCACGUGGACUUUGGCUCCUACGACACUGUGCCCACCAGCAGGCUUCGCCAAAUCCCACCUGCACUGCUCCAGUUCCCGCUGCAGGCUCUGAAGGUCAGAGUCUCAGGCCUCAAGGCUCCCAGCAGUAACACACAUGAAACUGUUCUUCCAUACAGCCCCAAGUGGAGCGUGAGGGCGAUGCUAGACAUGAUCAGGCUGCUGGAGAACAAUGUCACAACAGCUUUGGUGGUGUCGCAGGAACCAGAGCUCACAGUGCAGCUGUACAACCAGGACAAAGAGUUGGUGUACCUGCCUCUGGUCAAGAGUGGCCUGGCUGACCUCGAGUGAACAACAGUGGGACAAAACCCCUGAGCUGUGUCUGUGACACACACGUUGUAUUUCAUUUAAAUAACGAGUUAUUUUCUGUUCCAUUGUUUAUAUGACCUGAAUAGUGUCUUAAAAAAAUAAGUUGGUUGCUUGUUUGAAUACCAAGAUUCUAAUUCUUUUUUUUUUACUUCAAAAUUUUAAAUGGCCUGUUCCUGGACCCAUGGACAAUAAUGGACGGACAAUAAUUUCUUAGG